UACUGAUGAGGCUUUGAAAGCUGUAGGCACUUCUUGUGCAUCAUUGGAGUUAUUAGCUCUAUAUAGUUUCCAGAGAUUCACAGAUAAGGGUUUAUGUGCCAUUGGGAAUAGAUGUAAGAAGCUAAAAGAUCUCACUCUAAGUGACUGCUAUUUCCUAAGUGACAAGGGUUUGGAAGCUAUUGCCACUGGUUGCAAGCAACUUACUCAUCUUACAGUUAAUGGGUGCCACAAUAUUGGUACUCUGGGACUGGAAUUCAUUGGGAAAUCUUGCUUAUGUUGAGCUUAUCUGAGAUCACAGAGAAAGUGAAUGACAGGUGGGAGGUUUGUGUGAGCCUUAGUGAUGGGCAAUUUCAACAGGUUAGCUUUGUAAAUUCGAUUGCCACAAUCAAGGGUGGAACUCUUACCAUUUGUCCAAGCAGUUUUGGGUCUAAAUGUGAACUCCCACCAGAGUUCUUAAAGAAAGUGGCAAAGUCUGGCAUUGUGGAUAGUCUUCUUUCCUGGGCCAACUUCAAGCAGAACAAGGAUCUUAAGAAAACAGAUGUCAAUUAUUCAAUAUCAGUUACUGCCCACCAACAAAAGAAGACAUUCCAGAAGGGAAAAGUUUGGUUGUAGUGGCAUAUAAUCCCUUGGGUUGGCCCCGUACUGACAUUGUUAAAAUACCGACAGUGGUCUUGAGAUAUCUUCAGCAGUCUGACGGGUCAGAUGUUCUUCCUACAAAACAAGCAUUGUUUUUCAUUGUCUUACUCCAAUAUGUUCCCAGAUUGCUUCGAGUGUUACCGUUAACUUCAGAAUUAAAUCGAACAGCUGGUGUAUUUGCUUAAACUGCUUGGGCAGGUGCUGCAUACUAUCUGCUAUUGUACAUGCUAGCCAGUCAUGUGAGUACCCAUUUAGUUUUGUAGCCUCUGCUUUUCUCUUUGAAUUUAUUUUCAUUCUUCAAUUCCUUGUUUACUUUUAAUCUGAUACUUGUGUUUCUUAUGUUUUGGGCAUGAAAACUAUGGUGUUUUCCUUUUUUGGCUCCUAUACUUGUGUUACAGGAAAUUCAAUGUAUAUAAGGUCCAAACUCCAAUUUAGUUGGGUCUUUUUUUUUCCUA